AUGCAACUUAAGAAGAUCACGGAUCAUACUUUUUAUUUAACACUAAAAAUUAAAUAUUUUCAUACAAAAACCAAUUUAUAAUAGCUCUAGCAAGUCUAUAUCAACGAUAAAGAGUCUCUAAUAUCAGAUACAUAAAUAGAAUUUUAAUAAUUUAGAAUAAAAUAUAAUAAAGAAACUCAUUCUUUUGCUGAUGCUGAAAAAUUAUCUGUUGUAAGCAUAUCCUUAUAGUUGACGAUAACGUAUUCAAUUAAGCAAUUUUAGAAAUGCAUAUAAAAUAAUUGUAAAUCUAUUUGUUUUUAGAAUAGUACAAGUACUUAAAUUGAUAAAAAUGAUAGUGGAAUAGAAGCAAUUGAAUCUGUGAAAUCUAAGAAAUGCAAUGAGAGUUGUAUAAGGUAUUAGGCCAUAUUUAUGGAUAUGGAAAUGCCAGGUUUAAAUGGAAUCUAAGCAUCUGCUCAAAUUUUAGAAAUUGAUCGAAAAAUUAAAAUAUUCAUAGUUUCUGGAUAUGAUAAAUCUCAAUUUAAUGAGGAAGCUAAUACAAUUGGGAUUAAAGACUAUAUUGUAAAACCAAUCUGUAAAGAUGUCAUUUAAAAAAUAAUAUUAGAAAAUCAUUUAUGA